AGCCCGAUCAGCUCCGCGUAGACGACGCGCGCGCGAUGUCGUUAUAUCUUAUCUGGCAGCAUUUAGUGAAACUUAUUUUAAUAAUGCGAGCUGCUUCUGCGAGAGCGCACGCACACACGGUCUACAGCUAAUCGAAAUUAUAAUUAUUCCCCUCUCUCCCCCACAAAAAACGAGUGCGCGCGUCGAACAUCUACACCUACACACGCACACACACGAUGAGGCUCGAGCCGAAGUUCGCAAUUUUUUUUCUGCUGUGCUGCUCGACACUGUUGCGCGCCGCAUUCGUACAGAGUUCCAGCCCGUCGUCGCUGAGCUACCGAGCGGCCGUAGUCGAGUACAGUCCGGUGCGCGCAAGCUCGACUGGUAAAAAAGUCCCCGACAUCAAUGCCGAUAAUUACGUGAAAUUCGUCGAUCUGGCGGCCCGAUACGGCGUCGAUAUCAUCGUAUUUCCAGAGUCAAGCCUUUCGAUCUCCACUUCAUCGGAUCCAGUGGUGUCUCGAACGGAGGCUGCGUCUUUUAUUCCACAUCCCGAUGACAAUGUAGUGCCCUGCAACCAAAGCCAUGCUUUCAGCUACUCACUUCGGGCUCUGUCGUGCGCCGCCCGAGAUCGCAACAUGUACGUCGUGGCGAAUCACCGCGAGAAAUACAUCUGCACGGCCAACAAGGGCUGUCCGCGGGACAAUCUGCUGGUCUACAACACGAACGUCGUGUUCGAUCGGCGGGGCGCCGUUAUUGCCCGCUACCGCAAGUACAAUCUGUUCGGCGAGACUGGCACGAAUCGCACCCGACGCGCCGAGCGGUCGACCUUCGCCACGGACUUUGGCGUGACCUUCGGCCAGUUUGUCUGCUUCGAUCUGCUGUUCCCCGAGCCGGCCUUGAACUACACGCAGGAUUGGACGACGACGAGGAUCAACGACGUGAUUUUCAGCAAUCACUGGUUUUCCGAGCUGCCGUUCCUGUACGGAGUCGCGGCUCAGGCCGCCUGGGCCUAUGCCAACGACGUGAAUUUCCUCUCGGCGGGUUACAAUUAUCCCGUGACAGCCAGUGGAGGCAGUGGCAUUUACCUCGGCAGAGACGGCUACGUCGACGUGAUAUCCGAGAAAAGAGUGUCGAACGUUCUGGUGAUGUCGAACGUUCCCAAAAUUAUCGACGGUAAACGAGCUGUGAACGUCGAUCUGCAAAAAAAAGUCAUCAGGCUCAACGAGAAAGAAAUGCCCCAAGAAAACGUGAGCACCAGCACGUAUGAGCACGUGAAUGACUACCUCAAACCUUACACUAGUGUAUUGAUCGAUCCGGAAAAAGGCUACUUUAACAGGACCAUUUGCAAUCGAGAAUUCUGUUGUUUUUUCAAUGUCUCGAUGACUUACGACGAUAAAAAUAUCGAUCCAAACACCAACAGUAGUUUUUACAGAUACCGAGUGGCGGUCUUCAACGGCACGCGAUCGUUCACCGGAGUAGCCAAGGGUGGCGUCAAAGUCUGCGGCAUUAUAUCCUGCCUCGACGACAGCCUCGAAACCUGCGGUCAACUGCUGAACGACGACGACGACUUGCCCGAAAAAGCGACGCUGUUUCGGUCGAUCCUUAUCCGGGCCAGCGUGGAAAGAGCCGCCGCGCACGAUCUCUUCGUGAUGCCGAUCACCCUGACCAAGAGGAUGCUGCCGAUGAACGCCAGCGACUUCCACUACGAGGCUCGGGAGGCGCGCAACGCCCGAGUCGUGCACGAGAUGCGAACGAGAUCGCCGAACAGGGAUCUGCUGACCUUCGCCAUCUACGCGAGAUACUUUGUGAACGACGACAAGGACGUGACGACGGACGCGGCCACGAGAAACGCCCUCGAGUCGAUCCUACUGACGGUUCUCAUGUACGCUCUGGUUAAAUUCGUUCAAUGAUCGUGGAUUUUCCGGGUGAAAUUCAUUCGAACUACUAGUCAUGAAUAGUAUUAAGAAAAGUUAGAACAAAGUAACACAUUUUCAUUGAGUGAAAAUGUACAAUCAUUGAGUAUUUUAUAAUGCUAUAGAAUGAAAUGUAAAAUAAUAGCAGAUUGAGUCUAUUUAUGGAUAAGGUAGUGAUAUUAUCGAUUAUAUCUGACUCCGAGUAUACAUCUGUGAGUAUUUUUCAUUGUUAUAAUAGUAAUCAUGAAUGUGGUGCGGAGACGUAAAAAAAAACUUUAAUUGAUAUUAAGAAACAUAUUUUGUGAUAUUGUUACUAAAUUUAUUUAAUAUAGUAAAAAAUAAAAAUUAACUUUCAUGCGUUCA